AUGGCUUUACAUAAUUUGGUUUUUGUUAUCGAUGUGGAUUAUGGAGAUCACGAUUCGGGCGAUCAACUGGAUGUCAGGAUUCAUUUCGUGAAACGAGGAAUAUUAAACAUUCUCUUACAUUUCGGCUACAAAUAUGGAUUUGAGAAAGUGCGAUGGGGUUACAAGUUCUUUGACUCCAAGACUGGCCGCAACGCCAGUCUCAUAUCAAGAGUAUCUGAUUUCAAGGAGCUUCGGCACAAAAUAUUUGAGGACUUUGAGCAAGAGUUUGAAGCCAAAUUUGAUGUGAAGGAGAAAGCGUGCCCAUCUCAACAGAAACAACGAUCAAAUCACUCGGUUUCGGUUCAAAAUGCACUUAAAGAAACCCUAUUGGACUUCCAGUGGGACAGACCAGACAUCACCUCCCCUACUAAACUGUCCUUAAGGCCCAGGAAGUCGAGUCGUGGUGGAAGACCCAGUGUGUCACAUGAAGAUGACAUUUUAACUAACGAGAGGAAUGUGGUGUUUAUUGUCUCGCAGUGUCCACUUUCAAGGGCGCAGCUCGUGGACUACCUGUCUUUGAGAGACAAUAGCCUUCCUACAGAUGUGACAGACCACGUUAUAGCCAAAGGACUUCAGGAUAUGCUGGUUCAGAGACAAGUUGUCCUCCACUGGAUUGACUGUAGAUCACACGUCCAGGUUAUGAGGUGUGAGGACUAUUUUGGCUGUGACAAGCUGUCUGAGGUCCUAGCUCAGAUGGAUGGCAGAAUAGUCCCUGUGGUUGCACUGCUGAACCUUUGUAGCGUUCAACAGCCCAACUCAGGAUUCAUGAGGGAGUCUUUUGCAUUCAAGUCCAGCAUUGGAUACUUGUUGUCUUCUGAACAACACUACCGCCUGGCUUUUCCUGUUAUAGGAGGUGUCCUGCAGUGGCAGCAAGGUGAAGUGACACAGCGCUGUGGUGUCAUGAUGGAGCCAGUGACUCGAAGACAGAAGCUUCUCCCAGAAUCUGUCAAAAUGUCCUUAAAAGAAGUUCUGAAAGGCUGGGAUGCUUCAUCACUGAUGCAGACCUCCACAGAGUCGUGGGUGAUUCAUGGCUCCAGUAGUGGUGACCAGGGAGCUGCUGCCUUCCAGCAUCUCUUAAUGGAUCUAUCUACUCAUGCUCUGCACGUGCUUGCUGAGGUGAAUGACAAUGGGCUUCUAUGCUCGGCUGUGCUCUCUCCACUAUCACACUCUACAGCUCUGCUCUCCAUUCUCCAGCCUGUAAUUGCUCAGUCUAACCAGCGACUGACCACUGAAGGCAUUACCCCUGCCUCGGCUGAAACCUCUGCUGACCUUCCAGACAUUGUGAACAGUGUUCUGGGAGUAGUGUAUGACAUCAUGAAGCAGGAUGGUGAUAGUGUUAAUGACCAGUUAAAGGAGAAUCCCAUUCCUGAGUGGGCUCAGCAGGAAUUCAGCCACAGUCCACCAGCAACAAACAUGUUGGAGACUUGGUUCCCUCAGUCGGACUAUUCCGGAGUGAGCUCUCAUUUAAUGGAGUCCAUGAGGUUGCUACAUGCAGUACCGGAGGAGAGAGAAGACGAGAACUUACCUGCACUGCAGCAGGAACUCCUUAGUGGUCUGGCUGAAAUAUACCAAUCAUCCCAGGACUCAGAAAAGAGGGGAAAGAAAUGUGGCGCCCACCGCACACCAGUGAAACAGAAGAUGAAGACCAUGAGUCGUUCCUUGCAGAUGCUAAAUGUGGCACGCUUGAAUGUAAAAGCCCAAAAGAACCAGGCUGAGUCUGAGCAGCUUGGAACUGAGGGUAGGGAAGCGGACAGAACAGGGAAGAGACGGUCAAGUGACAGGAACAAACCUGGAGUAGCAAACGUGAGCAGUUUUAAAAGUGAGUCAGAGCUGCUGUCCCAUCUGAAGUCCAGUUAUGAGAAGUUUAUGGCUGAGAGAGAGGAGUCUGUCUUUAUGGGUGUUCAGCAGCUUGUUUCUUCUGUAAAGGCCUUCCUUGCAGCAGAAUCAGAUUGGGAGGCAAAGACCUCCUUGCUUGUUCAACAGCAUCUCCUCAAGACCAGCAAGUCAAUCAGACAGCUCUAUGGAAUGGCUGCUGAUGUUGAUAGUAAAGUCAGGGAGUGCCAGCUGCAAGUGGUGUUAAGGCUGGAGCUGUGCAGACUUUUCUCCACGGAGCAGUCAGACUCACUGGAUGUUGAUCAGAUGGCAGAGGAGGUGGCUGAAAUGCUUCGAAUAAUCUCCCUGACCAGAGACCCAGUUUUCCUAACGAGGUUCCUUCAAGAUGAGGUCAUGCCAGGGUUCCUGACCGCAAUCCCCAGAGUGCUUGCAGAAAUCUACCACAGUCUGGGCACACAGCUCCCUGAAGUUUUGCUGGCAGUCUUGCCUCCAGACUUCUUCAGUGAUGACUCGGUAGCCAAGGACAGCAUUUCUCCUUCAGCGUCUUCACUUCCCCUGUCUGCACAGUGCCUGGCUUCAAAUGACAAAGAUGGACUACAGGACCUGCGGAACCGCUCAGGCAACAAAAGGAGGAGUGGGAUGCUGACUCGCCAUCGCAGCAUGACGGAAUCAUCACAGAGUCUUCGGCAAAUAGAGAUCCCCAAAAAGGCUACAAGAGCUUCCAAAUCAAAGGAUCGAGUAACUUUGGAUAAACCGGUUGAGGAACCCCAUCCCCCAAAACAAGAAACACAAGAGGUGACCAAGGUGAGAAGAAACCUCUUCAACCAAGAGAUUGUUUCCCCUUCAAAGAAAGCCAAGCUACAAAGGAGCCGCUCUGUGUCUGCUGUGGAAGGAGUGAAACGCAAGCGAUCCCAUGAGCCUGAAGAGAGGCACAGGCUUCUUACGAAAAAAGUGUGUGAGACUCCCCUUCACAAGCAAGUGUCUAGUCGUCUACUACACAGGCAGAAAAUUGGAAGAAAACCUGUCCUAACUGAGGAGUGUAUUGUGGAAGAAUCACCAGUGAAACCUUCAGAAGAUCUAAGAAGGAGCCCAAGAAUAAAGAAGUUCGCUCGAAGACACUCAAGCACUUUUUAUUCAAGUUCUCAGCCUCGUUCCCGCAACCUGGACCAGGCUCUCUCUGCAUCCCAGCUUAGUCUGAGUGAUGGCAAAAUAUGUGGGGUUAAUGUAAAAACAGUUCGGUCUCCCAUGCGUCUUCUUUUUGGAGCUGCUGAGUCUCCCAGUCAUUCUAACCAGUCAGGUGCAACCAGGCCCAGCAGGUCACGGCUAUCCACAGACUCGAGCGUCUUUGAGACUCCAGACAAAACCUCAAAAUCACCCAACAAACGAGGGAGGGCCAGUAUUGCAAACACGACUCCAAAAACACCUAGGACUCCUCCGACCCCUAAAUCCCCCAAGACCCCACCUUCAACCAGGACGCAUGUUUUGUCAGUUGCAGAGAGUCCUGUGGUAGCUAGCACUAGUGGACUUGGUAUGUCUCUGAGGGGCACUCCUUUCAGAUCUCCAGCCAAAAAGCCUUUUGUUCCAGAGACACCUACAAAGCAAAGCCCCAUAAGGAGCCCUCUGAAGGGUAUUCUCAGGACUCCAGUCAAGGCUUUGAUCGAAGGAUGCACCUCUUCUGAUUUACAUCUGAUCCACAGCCCAAUUUCCAGGACUCCCAGGAAGAGUGUCACGUGGUCUCCCUCUCCACAGAAAUGUAAGAUAGUGGAGAAGAGUGCUAAUUUUAAAGUGCCACAGUCACCGAGUAUUACAUCUCACAGUUCUCUGAGACUGGUGACAUCCAGUAAGUUCAGUAGUCCUGUCAAAAGCACAAACACUAAAAGAGACAUUUUCAAGACCCCAGAAAAGACGUGUCAGGUACACCUAGUAAGAGUAUCAGAACAUGCGCAUAGUAGCUGUUUGACUCCAGAACAAAAUCGAGGGUCUUCUGUAAAACCUCACUCCAGUUUUAAAACACCAGGAAAAGGUGAUGCUGUUCUGGUUGAACCUCAAGCUAAAACCACACCCCCACCAGAACACCACCUUUCCACUCACCCGGACACUACAAGUCAAAAUAAAACGCCUAGUCCAACUCACCAAAUGGUUACUCGUUCUGGGCGAACUCCAGGUAAAAGUUCAAACACUGCUUCCCCAUAUAAUCCUGAAUCUAAUGAGAGUUUGCAGUCAGACCCAAAGGAAGAGGCGCAGACUAAGGCCUCGCAGUCCACUGCAAGUGACGCUAGUUCUCAUACCGAUUCUCAGCAAUUUGAAUCUUCUCAUGGUACCUCUGGAACCACAGAUGAUGAUAGCAUUGACAUAGUUGAUGCAGCCAUUGUAAAAACAGAGUUUAGCGGGGGUCUCAAGAUGAACAUUAGCUUUACACGGAAGCCUUCGCUGUCAAGUGAAGACUUUGUGUCAAACACUGUCUCUGCUAAACCACGUGUCCCAUCCCAUAACACACCAAGCCGGAGUUACGGCUUCCGUCAGACACCUGAUCGCCAGCAGAGGGAGGCUGCUGCUCGUUUAGGAUACGGAAAUGAUUCACCUCGAUUUUCAACCCCUAGAGGCUCAGCAAGACAUGGCCGCCAAAAGGGCACAGGUACGCCAAAUCCUCUUACCUACCAAGUAGAACUGGAAAUGCAAAAAUCAGGACUUCCCAAGCUAAAAAUUAAACGCACAGAUUCCAUGAAUGUAGGAGAGUUUGUCUCAGAUGGAAGUCCUCGAUCAGGAGCGCAUAGCCCUGUUGUAGGUGUGAAACCUCAGUAUGAAAGCCCCUUGGCCUUAUUUUCUAAAUACCGAGAUCCCGGAUGCAUGUCGCCAUCUGUCUGUGCUCAUGUAACCCCAGCCAAGAGCACACCCGGGAAAAGUGGAAGCGUUCAGACUUACAUCUGCCAGUCUUACACACCUACGCACCAUCCUGACUUGUCACCAGUAACUGCAGAGACUGUCCCCCUGACUCCUUCACCUCACAGUGCUGGUAAAGUGACCCCAGAAAACCUCAACAGCUGGCCUCGCAGGAAAAGAGCUCAGAUUAGUGUGUUAGGAGGCAAAGAUCGUGGCCCGAAGGGGGAGCCUCAGCUUGAGGAGCUCCUGGAGGAGGCUGAACUUGGAGUUAGUAGGUUGCAGGACAUUGAGGAUACUGAUGAGCCUUUGGACAACAAAGCUAAAUCAUUAGCUCUGACUUCCAAACAAUCCCCUCCAGUUGGAUCAGAUGCGUCUCCUCUUUCUCCAAUGGAAGAGUUGUACUGGAUGGAAAAGCUGGCUGAGUGCACAGACUCUCACAGGGCUGAAAACGAAACUGACUGGGCAUCUCAAAAUGAAGAUGGCAUAUCAACAGUGACUCCUUCUAGCUCAAAGGUGCGAAAGUCAGUGUCUGCCAGUGGUAUUUUGGCCCUUACCCAGUCCCCAUUGUUGUUCAAGGGCAAAACAGGUUCUGCCAGUAAGAGAACACCAAAUUUUAGAGAAGAAGCUGCAUCAGAGAGGACAGAAAUUGAUGGAGUGGACCUGUCUCCCUUCAGCCAACCAAAGAAACGCUCAAAGACAGGAAAGACCUACAGCAGGAAGAGACUAAUUCACUGAGUUACAAAGUAAAGUGGCCAACAAAGCAGAAAGUUUGUUCAUUCUAUGCUUAACUCUGAAGCUGAGCCUUUUGAUGACAGAUCUGAAACAUGUCUUUAAAGCACCACUUGAAAAUGUUUUUUUACAUGAAACAACGUCCCAUUCAAUCAGCUCUCUCGACACUUUUGAUCCAGACAUUUUCUCUUCCAAC